UUCAUAAAGCUAAUCUUUGAAUAAAUAAUUAUCAAUUAAUAUUUUAUUUAUUUAAUUAAUUGAUUAGUAGAGCAGCUGUUAUAUUUAUUGAAUGUUUGAAAAUGAAUGAGAGAUUGGUUCCUGAAAGAGUUAAAGUUAUUUUUUUUUAAUUUUACCGAGUUUACGUUGAAAAACAUGUCGUCGAAGGAAGUUGUUGAUGACACCGGUUCGGAUGGUCCUAGUGAAUCUAAAAGGAGGAAAAUAACCGAUGAAAAAUCAGUGUGUGAACCGGAGCCGAGUGUUGAAAAACCCGCGGAAAAUUCAGAGGUAACUGAACCUCGUCUGAGUGAUAAAAAAGAACAGGAGGAGUUGAGUAAACAGAAUGUUUCAAAUGUUGGACAGGACUUGACUGUAUCUAGUGCCUCGACGACGGAUAAAACCCCUGGAGUUCAUACAGAUGUUGUUGCUGAACACUACAAUGCUAUUCCGGAGCGAGGUUUGUCUCAUAGAAAUCAGAGUAGAAUUUUUUUCAUGAGAAAUUUUAACAACUGGAUAAAAAGUAUGCUUAUAAAUGAGUAUCUGGUGAAAAUAAAAGACUCAUUGCCCCAUGGGACACCUAUUAAAGUACUUGACAUGUGUUGCGGUAAAGGUGGUGAUCUUUAUAAAUGGAAACAGGGAGCAAUUACGCACUUAAUAUGUACUGAUAUUGCUGAUGUUUCUGUUCAGCAAUGCGAGAGUCGGUAUAACGAAGUUGCUAAUCAGGCUAACAAUAAUCGUGGAUAUGCAAAAAUUUUUACCGCUGAAUUUAUUGCUGCCGAUUGUACAAAGGUACGUUUAAGAGAAAAAUAUAAAGAUGCAAGUGUCCAACUUGAUUUAGUAAGUUGUCAAUUUGCAUUACAUUACAGUUUUGAAAGUUUACCACAGGCUGAAUGUAUGAUGAGAAAUGCUAGUGAGAGUCUUAAACCAGGUGGUUAUUUUAUCGCAACCAUUCCAAAUGCUAAUGAUCUAGUAUAUCAAUGGAAGCAGGCUGAGGGUAAUAAAUUUGGAAACAGUGUUUACAAUGUCGAGUUUUUGUGUGACAAAGAAAACAUACCUCUGUUUGGCGCCAAGUACAAUUUUCACCUAGAAGAUGUUGUCGAUUGUCCAGAAUUUCUUAUAAAUGUUACAGUAUUAAAAAAACUUGCUGCUAAAUUUGGACUUGAAUUCAUAUCAUUUGAGAGAUUCAACGAAUUUUAUGCCCGGUGCAAAGCCGAUGGCAAAUCCUUGCUGGCUAAAAUGCAAGCAAUGGAGUCAUAUCCGCCGUACCAUGAACCUGAAUUGAAGGGUAAUAACCCUGAAGAUUAUCAGCAUGCGAUUCAGUAUACGCAAAAUAAACCCGAUCAUCGCAAAAUCGGGACACUUACUCUUUCCGAAUGGGAAGCUACAUCUUUAUAUGCCGUAGUUGCAUUUAAGAAAAUGAAAACAUCGUGGAGUAGCGAGGGUAAACCUGAAUACUCAAAAGCGUGAGGACUUUUAUACAUUUUUUUUUUAAUAAAAAUAGGUUUAAGAAAUUACUUGCGUAAUAAAAAAAUGAAUUGUACAAUUAUUGAAAUAAACAUUUUUUCAAUCUUA